AUGGAUACAAGAAAAAAAUUCCUGAUUGUGGAUAAUUGUCCUGGUCAUCCAAAAACUAUUGAAGGACUGCAAAAUGUUGAAUUACUUUUUUUGCCACCAAAGACAACUUUAAAAACUCAACCUUGUGACGCGGGGAUUAUACGAGCUUUUAAAAUGCAUUAUUGUCGUCGAUUUUAUAGAGGUCUUUUAAAAGGCUAUGAAUUAGGGCCGUCAAAUCCAGAAAAAAUAAAUGCGUUAGAUGCAAUGAAUCUUGCAAUUUCAGCAUGGACUAUCGAUGUUCGUGCAAGCACACUUUCAAACUGCUUUCGCCAUUGUAAACUUCGAUCAACAGAUAACACAAGUUUAGAAAAUUUGGAUGAACAUACAAACGGUGAAUUCACUCGAGACUUGCAAAAUCUGAUCAAGAAGUUGGGCUAUCACAAUUCAAUGAAUGUCGAAGAUGUCCAAAAAUAUCCGGAAAAAAAAGAAGUUACACAGUUGUUGACUGAUGAAGAAAUAAUCGAGAAAGUUGUGGGAACUGAUAAAGAUGUGGAAGAAGAAGAUGAAAGUUCAACAAUAGAGCCCCCUUCACGAAACGAGGCUAUUAAAGCGGCAAAAAGAAUACUCCCUAUGUCCUAA